AUGACCAACCUUAUGAUCCCAAUUGUGCUGGAAAGGAAAUUUUAUGAAGAUAAUGGCAUACCACCGAAUUCAUUCAUUGCCUUGGAUGAUUUCAAAACCGACGAUGACCUAGCAGCGUAUCUGGAUGUGGUCCUGCACAACGACAAAGAAUAUCUCAAGUACUUUGAGUGGACGAAGCACUAUCGGAAACCGACGAGCUAUGUGAGUGAUGCUGGAUGUAGACUGUGCCGAGAUCUUCACCAGCGGAAGAAACUUCGCAUAGAAAACAUCGAGACCUUCUACGUGAAGGAUCAGUGUGGAAAAGCUUACUCG